CCAGGCUACGUCCAGAGUCUGAUCCGUCGGGUGGUGAACAACGUCAACAUUGUGGUCAACAACCUGAUCUUGAAGUACGUUGAGGACGACAUCGUCCUGUCUGUCAACAUCACCUCUGCUGAGAGUUACACCGUCCAUGAGUUCUGGGACCGAGCCUUCAUGGACAUCACAGCUCCUGACCUGGUGCUUCGUAAAGUGAUCAACUUCAGUGACCUUGACUGUACGGUGUGUCUGGAUAAGAGGAACAGCAGUGGUAAGAUCCAGUUCUACCAGGAUCCUCUCCUCUACAAGUGUUCCUUCAGGACCCGACUCCACUUCACCUACCAGAACAUCAACUCUAAGAUCCCUGCUGUCAUCAAGAUCCAGACGAUGGUGGAGUCCCUGAAGCUGUCCAUCACAGACCAGCAGCUGCCCAUGUUCAUCAGGAUCAUGGAGCUGGUCCUCAGCCUCUACUACGGAGAGAUAGGAGGAGGGAAGGACGGAGAGGAGGGGAGCGGACAUGGAGAGGUCAUCACUACGCCAGGUCUGGAAGGAGACCCAGAGGCCCAGGUCAUGGCAGGACAGUACCCCAGCCCAGAGCAUUACAUGCAGGGGGAGGAGGAGGACCAGGGCUGGGUGUCCUGGGCCUGGUCCUUCGUCCCAGCUAUCGUGGGAGCUGAGGAUGAGGAGGGAGAGGAAGGCUUCUACCAGCAGGGGGAGGAGGGAGGCCGGUCCAGCCCACAGCAGAACCCACCUAAAGACCCUGUUGUCUCCAUAGGCUUCUACUGCACCAAGGCCUCUGUCGCAUUCAAGUUGACAGAGAUGCAGACGGAGAGCAGUUACUACAGUCCUCAGAAGAUGAAGAGCAGGGAGGGGCUCAGUCUGGAUUUGGAGGGGAUCGCCAUGGAGGUGCUGAUGAUGGGGGAACCCUUCUUCGACUGUCAGAUCGGCAUCGUGGGCGUCCGGGCGCUCUGCCUGAAAGGCAUCAUGGGAGUGCGGGACUUUGAGGAGAACUUGAACAGACGGGAGGAGGAUGCAGUGUUCUUCAGCUGUGGAGAGAGUCUGAGCAGUAAAGGCAUGACCUACCUGACCAACUCCCUGUUCGACUACCGCUCUCCAGAGAACAACGGGGUCAGAGCAGAGUUCAUCCUGGAUUCCACCAAUCACAAGGUCAGAACUCACACAGGCCUUUAUAUCCUCAUCAACCUGUUAGUCCUCAUCUACCUGUUAGUCCUCAUCUACCUGUUAGUCCUCAUCUACCUGUUAGUCCUCAUCAACCUGUUAGUCCUCAUCAACCUGUUAGUCCUCAUCUACCUGUUAGUCCUCAUCUACCUGUUAGUCCUCAUCUACCUGUUAGUCCUCAUCAACCUGUUAGUCCUCAUCAACCUGUUAGUCCUCAUCAACCUGUUAGUCCUCAUCUACCUGUUAGUCCUCAUCAACCUGUUAGUCCUCAUCAACCUGUUAGUCCUCAUCAACCUGUUAGUCCUCAUCAACCUGUUAGUCCUCAUCAACCUGUUAGUCCUCAUCAACCUGUUAGUCCUCAUCAACCUGUUAGUCCUCAUCAACCUGUUAGUCCUCAUCAACCUGUUAGUCCUCAUCAACCUGUUAGUCCUCAUCAACCUGUUAGUCCUCAUCAACCUGUUAGUCCUCAUCAACCUGUUAGUCCUCAUCAACCUGUUAGGGCAACCUGAGACCUACACAGAGAAAUCAGGCAUGCAGCGCUUUGGGGCCUUCUACAUGGAUUACCUCUACACAGUGGAGACCAGCAGCACCACGG